CAAAUGUCAGUUUAGUCCUCAAAAGCAAAGCGCAAUUUCUCUCUCUCACUCCUCUGCUCAGUUAUUUCAAAGAGAGAGAGAGAAAAAGAGAAAGGUAAGGAAUUCAAUUCUCAAUUCGCGUCGGAGUUCUGUAACCGGACGGCCGAUUCCGGUGAAUGUGCUUCUCAAUUCACCGCCGGAGUGGUUCCGAUUGCUGAUCGUGAUGAAAUUUGAGCUCAAAACCGUGAAGUGAUUUUGGUUAGCUACAAUGCCAGGUGAGGUGGUUUCAUUUGGAGAGGAUGACAAGUCUAGGACGUUUGACAUUGAAACCUCCGAGGACGAGAGGCGGAGGACUCGCAGUAGAUCUCUUAAGAAGAGGACUGCCAAUGCUUCCAUGAGGUUGACAAAUACGCUUCGAAGGCGCAGCAGCAAGCGUGUCGCCAACUGUCGGUAUGCAUUGCUAUCUGUUGAUGAUGUCAGGGAUGCCGAUGAGGAGGAAGCUGUCAUUGCGUUUCGUGAGGCAUUGGUUGCUAGGAACAUGCUGCCUGUAUAUUAUGAUGAUUAUCAUACAAUGCUGAGAUUCUUGAAGGCAAGGAAGUUUGACAUGGAUAAAUCCCUUCACAUGUGGGCGGAAAUGCUCAACUGGAGAAAAGAGUUUGGAGUGGAAUCUAUUGUGAAGGAUUUUGUAUACAGUGAGUGUGAAGAGGUUCAACGUUUUUACCCUCAUGGUUAUCAUGGUGUAGACAGGGAGGGAAGGCCUGUAUAUUUUGAAAGACUUGGAAAAGUUGAACCUAGCAAGCUAAUGAAUGUCACCACAAUAGAUCGGUUUCUAAAAUAUCAUGUUCAAGGUUUUGAGAAGGCUUUUGCUGAGAAGUUCCCAGCAUGUUCUAUUGCAGCCAAAAGACAUAUAGAUUCUACAACAACUAUCCUAGAUGUUCAGGGGCUGAAUUGGGUGAGUUUUGGCAAGGUUGCACAUGACCUUGUUAUGCGUAUGCAGAAAAUAGAUGGAGAUAACUAUCCUGAGACAUUGCAUCAGAUGUUUGUGGUAAAUGCUGGUAACGGAUUCAAGCUGCUUUGGAAUACAGCAAAAGGCUUUCUUGAUCCAAGAACUACCUCAAAGAUACAUGUGUUAGGCAACAGAUAUCGACACAAGUUGUUAGAAGUUGUAGACUCAAGUCAACUUCCUGACUUCCUUGGGGGAGACUGCUCAUGUCCAAAUGAAGGCGGGUGCCUUAGGUCUGGCAAGGGACCCUGGAAUGAUUCAGAAAUUAUGAAACUUGUACAUAUGGGAGAAGCUAUGUACUUCAGGAAAAUCAACGGCUCUUCUGAUGGCGAUGAUUUAGGAGUCAAGCUACUUGCCUCUAAGGUCUCAGAAAGUGAAAUAAUACCUACAGAGUCCGGAUCUGAUAUGAGGUCAAGUGCCUCUGGCAUCAUGGAAUUACCAGCGUCUCAUUUACACAAUGAGAGGUCAAGUGACUCUGCAUCUAUUUGCAACCCAGUUGAACCAGGUAGUGCUGCUGGAAGAGUGGAUAGUGGUAAUUUAAAUUCUACAAGUGAUUCAACCAUGUUAACUCCAAGAAGGCAGUUGAAUAUAUCCAUUCCACAAGCAGCAAAGCUAAUCAUUCACUAUAUACUCAAUAUAUUAGCAUGCAUAUAUGUUGUAAUCCCGAGGCUGGGGAGAAUAUUCACUGCAUGUAAUGCAGAAAACAAUUUAAAAGAACAAUGCAAAGUGCCGCCAACUAUGCAUUCGAGUUCCCAGGAACAGCAGAUUUCCCAAGAAAUAGAGGUUGACCCACUGUGGCAGAGACUGAAGCAAUUAGAAGGUUUGGUAACUGAACUGACUAAUAAACCUACAAAAAUUCCUCAAGAGAAAGAAGAUAUGCUUUGUGAAUCUUUGAGCCGUAUAAAAUCUAUAGAGUAUGACCUACAGAAGACAAAGAAAGCACUGCUUGCAACUGCAUCCAAACAAUCGGAGCUUGCUGAGUCACUAGAAAGCUUACAGGAAAACAACUUGGCUGGAGCAAACUCUUGUUGGCCAAGAAAUUGCAGAUAUAAUAACAUCCCGAGAUAAAGAUCACCAGUUUGUGACAGAACCUUUACUGGUAUUGUUAAUCCAGCAUGUUGGCUCAACAAAUAGAAACACUGCCACAUCUGAGUUCAUUGAUCCGUUCUCAAUGGAGUUUUCAUUUAAGGUGACCUAUCUCUUCCAUAUUGUCUUGGAUAGAGAAUUAUCAAUUAUCCACCAUCUUACUCUCUUUGUGCGGCACAAAUCACAUGAGUGUACAGUUGCCUUCCCAGUUAGAGGCAAAUGUAGUAAAGUUCAUCUCACUUUGAAGAUCCUAUCUUCUCCUCAGGCUGUCUUUUGUAGUUGCCAGUUGAAAAUAGUGAUCAACUGAGUAUAGAGUAAAGAGAAUAAUGCUGGUGAUCAGGCCAUUGAAAUCCUGUAGAAUGGAAAUUGUGUAUAAACCUUAUUUUUGUGUACAUAAAUAGCUUGACGAAUUUUCCUUCU